AUGAACACCAUCGUCUUCAACAAGCUCAGCGGCGCGGUGCUGUUUGAAGAUCGGAGCGCUCAGGAGCGGGAGCGGGGCGGCCGGGCCUUUGGCGGUGUCUUAGACAGCCCCCAUACCCGCCCCGAGGUGGGUAUUCCCGACGGCCGGCCCCUGAAGGACAACCUGGGCCUGAGACACCGGAGGACCGGGACCCGGCAGAAUGGCGGAAAGGUGAGGCACAAGAGACAGGCACUUCAAGACAUGGCGCGGCCGCUCAAGCAGUGGCUUUAUAAGCACCGUGACAACCCGUACCCCACCAAGACCGAGAAGAUCCUCUUGGCCCUCGGCUCGCAGAUGACGCUAGUGCAGGUCUCAAAUUGGUUUGCUAACGCAAGACGUCGGCUUAAGAAUACUGUUCGGCAGCCAGAUUUAAGCUGGGCUUUAAGAAUCAAAUUAUAUAACAAGUAUGUUCAAGGGAAUGCCGAGCGGCUCAGCGUAAGCAGUGACGAUUCCUGCUCUGAAGAUGGGGAAAACCCUCCAAGAAACCACAUAAAGGAAGGAGGCUACAGUACUCCUGUUCAUCCUGUGAUGAAAAGUGAGAGUUCAGUGAUCAAAGCUGGAGGGAGGCCAGAGUCUCGGGCCACGGAGGACUACGUGUCACCUCCCAAAUACAAGAGCAGCUUGCUGAACCGUUACCUUAACGACUCUCUGAGACAUGUGAUGGCCACAAACACUGCUAUGAUGGGAAAAACAAGGCAAAGAAACCAUUCAGGAUCAUUUAGCUCCAACGAAUUUGAGGAAGAAUUGGUGUCGCCAUCGUCAUCAGAAACCGAAGGCAACUUUGUCUAUCGCACAGACACUCUGGAAAAUGGACCCAGUAAGGGUGACAGUGCAGCUCACAGAAAGGGACCGAGCAAAGAUGACACAUACUGGAGGGAGAUCAACGCCGCCAUGGCCUUAACAAAUCUUGCACAAGGAAAAGACAAACUGCAGGGAACAGCGAGCUGCAUCAUCCAGAAGUCUUCGCACAUAGCUGAAGUUAAGACGGUCAAAGUGCCACUCACACAGCAGUUUUAA